AUGGAGAACGGGCGCGCGGCGCCAGAUCUGACGGCGUCGCCCGGCCGUGCGCCGCCAGGGCCGCCGCAGCCGCCGCGCGCCAACCACGCCCCGCCCUGCGUGCUCCAGCCAGACUUCCGAAAGGUGUCGGGUGUUAGCAAUGAAAUAUUCAGGCAGAUUGAGAUGGUUGAAAAUGACCACGACGCUACUACGGCCGCAGCCCUCGAAGCGGUCGAGCGUCGUGGUGAGAUGAUCGUAAGGAUACUCGAAUUGAGACAAGUUGGAAGGAACAACAUUGAAGCCGCUAAGAAGUUCUUCUCCCUUCAAGAUUCACGCCACGUAGUACAACUGGUGGAAAUCGUUAAACGUCCUGGUCAAACACUUGGUCUUUAUAUCAGAGAAGGUGAUGGAGGGGGAAGGACAGACGGUGUUUUCAUAUCACGGAUAGCGUUAGAGUCUGCGGUGUACAACAGCGGAUGUUUAAAAGUUGGUGAUGAGAUCUUAGCCGUGAAUUUAGUUGACGUGAGACGGAUGUCUUUGGAUGAUGUUGUUAUCAUCAUGUCCAUUCCCAGGAGAUUGCUAUUAUGCACAAGGCAAAGAAAAGGUAAAUCGGGACCAGGGUCACCAUCACUUCCCCGGUCGGAGCAUAAACCACCACCAGUCGUAGUCCUGAAAAGGGACUGUCGAGAUGACGAUGAAAGGGAUCGAGACCGCGUGGAUGGCCUAUACUCGCAGCAUGGUACUCUCCGCUCAACUGGUGGAUCAGGUGGCGGAGUUCGCCCCGUCGGUGAUGGGAGAGAAGAAAGAAACAGAAUGCAACUUGGCGCUCUAUCACCCGACUCUACGCCCCUUGACCUUUACUACAACUCAAGACCACCGUCCGACCAUUCAACAUGGAGGUAUCCACAAACGCAUAGCUAUCGGCCUCCUCCACCAGUUAUUACUGAGCAACCUAAGUCCACGGCCACGCACUUUGUGCCGUACGAGCGCUCAUAUCCUAACACUUUGGAGAGCCUUGCGGAAAAGGUGCAUUCGUUUUAUCCACAGGAGGGUGGAAGUACACGCUUCGGUGGUAGAGUUCCUCGGUCAGGGUCAGAACAACAGUUGCCACGCGCUGAGACGCAUUCAGACUUUGGACGACAUUCUUUGCUAAGAUCCAGCUUAAAGGCUUCAGCUGCUACUGGUGGAGCGGCAAGCUUGUCAAGAUACAAUCAAAGAUAUGGUGGCAUGGGAAUAACAGGGCCACCACUUCCUGGUACUGGACUUUCAGGGACUGGUUUGUCUAGUUCUGGUCUUGGAGCGACUGGUCUUCCUUCUGGUCUUUCCACAACUGGACUUACGGGCUUAACAGGUUCCAGUUUAGUUGGCUCUGGACUGUCAAGCACUGGCCUUGGAGCAGGAUUGACGGGAACUGGACUGAGUUCAACCCUUGGAGCUGGAUACGGAACUACAGGCCUGGGCUUGCCAUCGUAUAGCAGUAAAUUUGGAACAACAAGGCGAAACCGUAGUCUGGAUUAUUCAUCAGAUACCGAAGCUACAGCUCCCACCAGAACCCCUUAUUAUUCAGGAUUAAGUGGCUAUAGAAGCAGUACUUUGGGGCGCGAUAUUGGAUCUAAGUUUAAUUCGUUGCCCAGGGACGUAAGAGGAACUGGUCAAAGAUUGGGCUUGUCCAGACGUGCGGGUAGUGUUCUCCAAGAUGAACCAGAGCCUUUGUCUUCUCGUCUUGAUCUUCGUUCUUCCAGAGGUCGUCUGCCUUCUUCGCCUUCAGUGUUCACAUCCGAUGAGUAUCGUGCAUGGCUGUCACGUGCGCCCUCAACUAGUGCACUUUACGAAACACUACGUCCUCGCCUUCCUACACACUAUUCCGCUGAAAAUAUACAUGACGCUCUUAAAAACAUGGAAAGUGGAAGUCGUUUCGGAUCCUCUCUGGGUUUGGCUGGGCGAAGGAUGGAGAGACCACGUCAUUUACCUGCACGCUCUCUCUCAUCUCAACAGUUGGGUCCUACUGGCUCGCCAUCUACACGCCGCGUGCGUCAGCUCCUAGAGCUGGGUUCGCGGUUCAAUUGUCCAAAUCCUAGUCCAGUGCCAACUCCUGGAUCGCGUCAUCAGCGACUUUUGGAUUUCAAUGUUAACGACUUCCUAAAAUAUAAGGUAGAGAAGCCGGGCACUGGCUUGUCGUCUUCCAUGACCGGGUUGUCGCGCCUAGCGGGUGGCGUAUCAGGCAUGCUUUGGGUGCAUUUGCUGUCAGGCCGAGGCUUGCGACCAACACCCUCAGGAUCGUCUCCAGCAUCCCCACCAUCUGGAGCACUUGCACCGAUUCAACCUCCUGUCACCCCCCGAGAUCUUUACUGUGUCCUUGAAUGCGAUCGAGUACACAAAGCGCGGACUGUGGUUCGCACCGGGGAGCUCCUCUUUGACUGGGAUGAGUCCUUCGAGCUGGAACUGGUUGAUAACCGACAACUUGAUGUGCUGGUGUAUUCUUGGGAUCCGCAGCAUAGGCACAAACUCUGCUAUCGAGGCGUUGCCAUUCUCCCAGAUUUGCUAACACGUUCGCCUUCACAUCAACUGGCUAUAAAGAUGGAACCACGUGGCACAUUAUAUGUGCGAUUACGUCACACCGAACCCCACGAGUUGUUCCGUCGGCGCCCUGCCCCGACUCGCCUUUCCCCACCACCGCUCUUUGGCGCGGAACUAGAGACGGUGGUAGCGCGAGAGGUGCGCCCUUCGCACGCACCACCUGUGCCGCUCAUAGUGCGUCGAUGCGUCGAGGAGAUUGAGCGCCGAGGACUGGACAUCAUAGGUCUGUACAGAUUGUGUGGUGCAGCUAGUAAAAAGCGUAUCUUGCGGGAAGCGUUCGAACGCAAUGCUCGGGGGGUCGAACUGUCACCGGAUUCAGUUCCAGAUAUUAAUGUCAUCACUGGCCUGCUCAAGGAUUACCUCAGGGAGCUGCCACAGCCCCUAUUCAGCCGCUGCCUGUAUCAAAUGACAUUGGAUGCCCUUGGCGUUUGUUUGCCUGAUGAUCGAGAAGGCAAUGCUCGCCUGAUGGCAUCAAUAGUGGAAUGUCUACCUCGAGCUGCACGCGCCACUUUGGUGUUCCUCCUUGACCAUUUAGCCCUGGUGGUAGCAGCGCAGGAUCGAAACAAGAUGUCCCCGCAACACUUGGCAGUGGCAAUGGCACCGCCUCUCAUGCUACAUUCUCAGCCUUCUAAUGAGUUAGACUAUCAAAGACCGAUUCACGUACUUCAGUGUCUUCUACAGAUAUGGCCACCGCCUAAACGUUCAGACAGUUCGGCGCGGCGAGCCAGCAACCGGGCCGCGUGGAAACAGAGCCAGUGCAUCGCCAGCGGUCUCAGCCACCCUCCCCCAAGAGUAACAGGAACCGAUUCUUCUAAGCUAGCGCGUACUUUGUCAGGCCGAGCUCUGCCCUCAGCCAGUCCAUAUCGGCCUCCAGCGGCAGCAUCAGCAGCAUCUCCGCCGCCAGCUCUCUCGGCUCGAUCAGGGGCAGACCGAUCGCCGCCCGCACAUGUUCUCUCAUCAGUCAGGGGCGGCCAAUAUCGUCCGCAGUCGCCUCUUCGCGGCCCACUGCCCGCUCCACCUCGCUCCCGGCAGGUGACAGUCUCGUCUCCCGGUUCACCCAGUAGCAGUUCCGGGAGCCACAGCCCAGCAGACACUAUCAAGCACGGCGGCUCUGUGUCUUCGAUCUUACGGCAGCCGGAGCGCGCAAGUUCGCCGCGUGUCUCCCCAAGGGGUUCGCCGCGCGCCUCGCCCCGCGACUCGCCUCGUACACCGCGGGAAAACACUCCUCGUGAUUUGACACCUAGAGAUUUGACACCCCGAGAAAUGACGCCUCGAGAAAUGACGCCUCGAGAAAUGACGCCUCGAGAUUUGACGCCUCGCGAUCACACCCCCAGGGAGAUGACCCCGCACGAGACCACGCCGCGCGAGUCACCGCGCUCAGCUAUUCCGGGAACGUCGGCAGGUCUAGCGGUGACCCUGAACUCGAGCGGCACCAACGGCGGCAUCAGCCCGCGCUACAGUUCCACUAACCCGUUCCUGCAGCAGUACGACGCCGAGGAGGAGGCGGAGGCUUGGCGUGCCGCUGACAUUUUCUCCUCGCCAUCCACGCACACA